AGGCUUGGACCUCUUUCAAGGGGACAUCCUUCUGCAGAGCUCAAUGCCAAAGGAGCCAUCCUCUCUGCCUUCGAAAUGUUCCGCCUCAAGUCCUGCGUGGAUUUCAAGCCUUAUGAAGGAGAGAGCUCGUACAUCAUCUUUCAGCAAUUUUCUGGGUGCUGGUCUAUGGUUGGCAACCAACAUGUGGGACAGAACCUCUCCAUUGGCGCGGGGUGCGACUAUAAAGCCAUCAUCGAGCACGAGAUCCUGCAUGCUUUGGGGUUUUACCAUGAGCAGUCAAGGACCGACCGAAAUGACUAUGUGACCAUCUGGUGGGAUGAAAUUAUCCCAGGUUACGAACACAACUUCAACACUUACAGUGACAGUCUCAUCACAGACCUCAACACGCCUUACGAUUACGAGUCACUGAUGCACUACGGACCGCUCUCAUUUAACCAGAACGAGAAUGUCCCCACCAUCACGACCAAGAUCCCCGAGUUCAACUCCAUCAUCGGGCAGCGCCUAGACUUCAGCGCCAUCGACUUGGAGAGGCUGAACCGGAUGUACAACUGCACCUCGACUCACACCCUUUUGGAUCAUUGUACUUUUGAGAAGACAAACAUCUGUGGGAUGAUCCAGGGCACAAGAGAUGAUGCAGACUGGGUCCACGAGGACAGCACACAGGCCGGACAAGGGGACCACACCUUGGGCGGCCGGUGCACAGGUGCCGGCUACUCCAUGCACUUUGACACUGGGACAGGAGCCAUGGAAGAGGCGGCCCUGCUGGAGUCGCGGAUUCUCUACCCAAAGAGGAAGCAGCAGUGCCUGCAGUUUUUUUAUAAAAUGACAGGGAGCCCCUCGGAUCGACUGGUCGUUUGGGUCAGAAGGGACGAUGGCACCGGGAACGUCCGUAAACUGGUCAAAUUGCAAACCUUCCAAGGGGAUUCUGACCAUAAUUGGAAAAUUGCCCAUGUGACACUCAAAGAGGAAAAGAAGUUUCGAUACCUGUUCCAGGGCACGAAAGGCGACCCUCAGAACUUGGCUGGGGGCAUUUCCCUGGACGACAUCACUCUGACAGAGACGCCCUGCCCAGCAGGGGUGUGGACAGUGCGGAACAUCUCCCAGGUCCUCCAGAACACCAUGAAAGGGGACAAGCUCCUGAGCCCUCGAUUCUACAACUCCGAGGGAUAUGGUUUUGGGGUGACCUUGUACCCCCAUGGAAGAGUGACCUCCAGUGCCUCUGGCUUCAUGAGUGUGGCUUUUCACCUGUGCAGUGGGGAGAACGAUGCUAUCCUGGAGUGGCCAGUGCAGAACAGGCAGGCAAUCGUGACCAUACUUGACCAAGAGUCGGAUGUCAAGAACAGGAUGUCCUUCAGCAUGAUGCUCACCACCUCCCUGUUGCACACAUCUUCAGCAAUCAACGGCUCUGUCAUCUGGGACAGGCCAUCCAUAGUGGGCUCCUACGACAAGGACUGCGAUUGCUUUAGGGGCAUUGACGGGGGCCGGAGCAACUCCAUCUCCCACCAGAUGCUGAAAAGGAGGAGUUUCCUUAAAAAUGACGACCUCAUUGUUUUUGUGGACUUUGAAGACCUCACCCACCUGAGCCAAACAGAAGUUCCAGUUCGCACGGCAGACAGGAGGCUGGUCCCUGCAGGCCUUGUGCUCCAUGGACAGGCGCAGCAGGCCAUGCGAGGAGCUUCUCAAAAGGCUGUGUUGGAUGAAGCCCCGCCAGGCAGCCUGGGCCAACGACGGAAGCGGUCUGUGGAGAACACAGGGCCCAUGGAGGACCACAACUGGCCACAGUACUUCAGAGACCCAUGUGACCCGAACCCGUGCCAGAACCAGGGCGUGUGUGUGAACGUGAAGGGCAUGGCGAGCUGCAGGUGUGCCUCUGGACAUGCCUUCUUCUACACGGGAGAGCGCUGUCAAGCCAUGCAGGUGCACGGCAGCACCCUGGGCCUGAUGAUUGGAGGCGUGGCCAGUGUGAUUGUCCUGACAGUCACCAUCUUCUCCAUAAUUCUCCAAAGCCCAAGGCCGUGACCCACCAUGGAGAUUUCCAGGCUGCAGAGGUGCCUCUUCCAUUCUGACCUUCCCUCCCUGCAGUCAGCGGUCUGGGCAGUUUCCAGCGGGCUUGCUUUGCGUUGGCCUCCAGGGACCAUGCCUCGGCCUCAUGUUUGAUUCUCUUCAUUUUUCUGCCUCCAUUUGGUCCUGUUGCCAUGCUGUGUGCUCCUAAUACACCUGGGAUGUCUUGUGACAAUGUGUAUCCUCUGUGAGCACCUCUGCUAUAGCUGUAGCUCCAGCAGGAGGGACCCAGAAUCCUCAUUACCAUGCCGCACCAUGCCCAGAGUGUGCCUAGUGGGCUCUCAGUAGAUGGUGAAUGGAUGAACCAAUAAAUUAAUGAAUAACCAAGAUAAAGAAACUCUCCUAUUUCUGUUUUAGAUCAGGAAUAUGGAAGGAAAUCCACUUGUGGGUAUAUAAAUCAGAUACUCAAUGUUCACCAGACAAAAUGGUGUUACAACUUUUACUGGCUUGUUAAAGGAUUUCAAGUGAAGAUUCCUCUGGGAAACUGAGAUUCACAGUCUUUGUUAUUAUCUUCCUCUGAUUCUAAGGAAAGGGUCUUUAAAAAUAUAGUAGCUAGGUGUAGUGGUGCACACUCGUAAUCCUAGCACUCAGGAGGCUGAGUCAAGAGGAUCACAAGUUCCAGCCCAACCUGGGGAAUUUAGCAACUUAGUGAGAUUCUGUCUCAAAGUAAAAAAAAAUUUUCAAAAGGACUGGGGCUAUAUCUUAGUGUUGGAUCAUCUUAUCCAUGUGAGAUCUUUCCUGUCAUCCACGCGUUCCCAGAGUCAUUCAUAAGUAGUUGAAGGCUCUUAGUUAAAAGUCUGAGAACUAACUGUGGCAAAACUUUAAAUAUUACCAUCUCAAAGCACACCAGAUGGUUUGUUAUUAGUAUGAAGGAUGCUGGAAGUAACCUUUGCAUUGAUGGAUUAAUUCAUCAAAAUGGCUAUGAGGAGACCCCUGCAGCUGGCCUCGGGACUUGACUUUGGGGUGAACCCUUAGACUGGGACUUGAUUUGGACCUGGGUCCUCACUUGACAGCUGAUCCCAUUGGCCGAUCCCACCAGAACCAAGCCUCCCACCUGGGGAUGAUGGCAUUUUAUGACUCCAUAGCCCUACAGGUGGGAAGGUGGGCGGCCAGUGUCCACCAGGUGGUGACCAAGCCUCAGGAGAGGCAGGUGGGUGGCUGGCGGGCAGAGUUGGAUGCCAGCUGCCUCCUAGCCCCAGCUGCAGGACUCCUGUCGUGUGCUUUGCCGAGGACAGCUGUGAGAGAGUGCCUGGGGCCUGGGGAAAUGCCCACAGUCCAGAAAAAACAGCAAAUAAAUGUAGGAUUUUAAUCCAAAUCCAACACCUCUUCCCAGGGCUCCUGGAGUGGGGCUGGCCAGUAGGAUGAAGGACAGAGGAUGGGACUGUCAACCUGGGGGCCAGAGAGGGCAGUGCCAAAGUCAUUCUUGGAUUCUGCUGCUGGCUGCUGUAGGAAGUAGGCCAACAGCUCUGAAUUCUGGCACUGGUUUCCGGAGAUUCUUGGGAGAGCUUACAGGUGAGGUGUGUAUGUAUAUGGCAGUGAGCAAAACCAGCCGGCACCUCUUUGAUUUCCUGUUUUCAUACCUUCCCUGG